AAUUAAUAAGCAAGUUAGCGUGAGCUCUGAAGCCACGCGAGAUUUCGCGGCGAGAUCUGGCUGUUUUCAACAUGGCAGGCAGCAAGUUGGUGCUAGAAGGGAGGAUCAGUAUUAUUAGCUUUAUCUCAGGACUAGCCGUCAUCAUAAUACCUUUACUUGUCAAAUUCGGCUCUCACGUUGACUGGAUAUUCGAUUACCUCACAGACGUGAACGGCAAAAUAGCCAUCGCGGCGUAUAUCACAGUUAUCAAUGGCUUCCUGCUAAUCAUAUACAAGGGACCUUUAUACAAGGUGGCUGUUCGAGCCUGCUUUCUUGGAUUUACCUUUGGAUGUGGUCUCACUUUAAGUUUUGCAGAUACAACAUGGACACACUUUGGCUGGUAUAUGUGUUCACUGUCCUUUUUUCACUACUCGGAGUACCUGGUUACCGCUAUCAUCAACCCACGCAGUCUGUCACUAGACUCUUUCCUGCUCAACCACAGUGUUGAGUACACAUUAGCAGCUGUUUCCUCCUGGCUGGAGUUCACUGUAGAAAAGCUUCUCGUUCCAGAGAUAAAGCAGUUGAACUGGCUAUGUUUAGUCGGUCUGGUGAUGGUUAUGUGUGGGGAGGGUCUGCGCAAAGCGGCCAUGUUGACGGCAGGGUCAAACUUCAACCAUAUAGUGCAGAAUGAGAAGGCCCAGAGCCACGUACUGGUCACCACUGGGGUUUACGCUCUCUUCAGACAUCCUUCCUAUGUGGGUUGGUUUUACUGGAGCAUCGGCACUCAGAUAAUGCUGUGCAACCCAAUAUGUAUACUGGGAUAUACAGUCGCCAGCUGGCGGUUCUUUCGGGAGCGUAUCGAGGAAGAGGAGAUCUCACUCAUCCAUUUCUUUGGAGAGGACUACAUAGAGUACAAGAAGAAGGUCUUCACUGGCUUGCCCUUCAUCUCAGGGAUCAGGGUUAAUUCCUAAAGCUGUGCUGCAUUGUGUGGAGGAAAUAGCCUGAAAGUGCACACCCGGACACUUCUGACUGGCACUCUGAGCGAGCUGCUUGCCUGGUGGCAUCAUGGUGCGGCCCCUGAGGCGGCACAGAUAAAUGAGGUGGCAGCACAGUAAAACUGACCCGCUGUUCUGCUCUGAAACGCAUUGGUCUGCUCUGAGCAUAGUGGAGCUUCCAUCACCAACAUCAUCAGAGAUACAAGCAUUUUCAGCAUUCAGCAGUCUUUUUCCUACUUCAUCAUAUUUCUGUUCUGUCUCUUUUACAAUCCAUUCAUAAUUCAGAUAUCCUCAUAUUUAUAGUCAUUGCAUCAUAAAAUUUCAUACAUUGUUUUUGCUUUUGUUUUUUUAUCCUCAGAUUUUGUGGUUAGAAACCUUAGAGGUUUCAUUCAGGAUAUUGGUUGCUUAUAAAUGUCCAGAGAUUUUUAGUAGAUUUUUAUUUUUAAUUCCUUGAAGACUUCAGAAAAGCUUUAAAUUGGACCUUGCUAUGGCAACUUAGACAGCAAUUCGGUGUAAAAAUGAGUUUAAUGUGUCAGAGAGUUUUUUUAUAUUUCACUUAUUCUGUCAGUCACAACAGACCUACAAAUCUGAAAACUGAUUUCAGACAAUCUCUAAAUAUCUGUAAUUUGUAAAUACUGUUUGACAAUUUUAAUACAAUUAUUAAAGAAAUAAACAUGUAUAAGUUA